CCCACACUGCUCCGCGACAGGAAAAGAGGCGUGUCUUCCGGAACUUCCGGGCGGUCGCUGUUUGGGCGUGUGACGGCUUAGCGCCUUAGCUCGCGAUGGCCGCGGCCGUCGCUAUGGAGACGGACGACGCCGGGAACCGACUUCGCUUUCAGCUGGAGCUGGAGUUCGUGCAGUGCUUAGCCAACCCCAACUACCUGAACUUUCUGGCCCAAAGAGGUUACUUCAAAGACAAAGCUUUUGUUAACUAUCUUAAGUACUUGCUUUACUGGAAAGAACCAGAAUAUGCCAAGUAUCUAAAGUACCCUCAGUGUCUGCACAUGUUGGAGCUGCUCCAGUACGAGCACUUCCGCAAGGAGCUGGUGAAUGCGCAGUGCGCCAAGUUCAUCGACGAGCAGCAGAUCCUGCACUGGCAGCACUACUCCCGGAAGCGCAUGCGUCUGCAGCAGGCGCUGGCUGAGCAGCAGCAGCAGAACAGCGCCGCGGGCAAGUGAGGCGCGGCCGCCAUGGACUCUUUCCUGCUCUCUUUGUGGGGGGCGGGGGGCACCCAAACCUGCGAUGGGCUCUUGCCUCCGGCUACCUCCCUCCAGCUCCCUUUGUAUUGUUCCUGGGCCACUGCUGUCACACAGUUGUACUUUGGUUUCCUGUGGGUAAGUUAUUAAUGCUCAACCAACUGAAUAAAGACACACGUCAGGUGCUUUAAACCA